UUAUUAAAUAUCGCUUUAAAUAUCGUUAUAAAGUAGUAAUUAAUAGUGGACCAAUAAAAAAAAGGUUCUUAUGAAAUUGAGGUGUGUCAUUUAUGUGACUUUUACCAGGAUAGAAGAUCAUGCAGAUUCCUACAGUCCACAUGAAUUCGCUCACGAAACAGUCAUGCAGUGUUUGCCGGGACACUAACUGAUUAACACAUACUCGAACAUGAAAGAAGAGAGAGAAAUCUACACUCUCAUCAUCAAUUCAUAUUAUUAAAAUAAAAGUUUACUUAAUUAUUUAAUAAAAGAAAUUGAUACACAACAUAAAAAAUAAAAUUUGCAUUCUCGGCAGCUUGUAACGUGUUGCAUAAUAAAGUUGAAAUAGAAUAGAAUUAUUGUUGUGUAAAAAUAUACUGUGUGUGAUAAAAGUGAUUAAUUGAUAAGUGAUUAUCAGCUAAACAAUCGUUAUUUGUUACAAAGUAGUGAAAAUGACCAAAAAAAAAGAGUUGUUUACUUGCCGAGGUGUUUUGUGGCAUCUGGUUUUUUGUGGUUUUGCCAUUAAUUACUUAUUGAGAUUGAACUUAAAUCUCACUAUAGUCACAAUGGUGAUACCACAUCCGAAACCCGCAGCGGAUGUCCAAUGUAAUGUGGAAAAUAAUACAUUAUUAUGGAUCAAUGAAACAUCACAGGAUGACAACGUUUCUUUGUCUUUUUCGACUGAGAUGCCGUCCUUUGAAAAUGUUACAUACGAAGAUCGGUUCGCUUGGAACGAGUAUGAACAGGGAUUAGUAUUGGGAGCCUAUUAUUGGUUGCACUGGUUGUCGCAACUUCCUGGUGGUCUGCUAUCUAGACGAUAUGGCACAAAAAUUGUAUUUGGCUUAGGAAAUUUCUUAACAGCUCUCUUAGGAUUUUUUAUUCCCUAUGCCACACAUCUGUACGCCCUUAUAUUUCUUCGAAUGUUGCAAGGAUUAAUUGCGGGUGUUAUAUGGCCUUCGAUGCACGAUAUGACAGCAAAGUGGAUUCCACAAAAUGAGAGAAGCAGAUUUGUCAGUGCUUAUCUGGGGAGUUCUGUGGGAGCCGCAAUUACUUACCCCUUGUGUGCGGCUAUCAGCAGUUCUUUCGGCUGGGGUGCUUCUUUCUACGUGACAUCUUUUCUAGGUGUAAUUUGGUACUGCUUCUGGCAUUUUCUCGUGUACGAUUCGCCGCAACAGCAUCCGCGAAUCUCUGAUGAGGAGAAAAAUUACAUCAUGGACAACAUUGGUGGAUCUGUCGACGAAAAAGAGACCCACAUACCUUGGAAAUCGAUAAUUCUAUCAAGACCAGUAUGGAUCACCAUCAUCGCACAUUGGAGCAGUGCUUGGGGAUUUUUGACUCUCAUGACGCAGGCACCCACUUACUUCAACUUCAUUCACGGGUGGAAUAUUAACACUACUGGAAUCCUGGCAGGUGCACCGCACAUACUCAGAAUGGUUUUCUCGUACUUUUUCUCGAUUAUGAGCGAUUGGCUGCUUCGCACGAAGCGAAUGAGCUUGACGAACGUCAGAAAAUUAGCCACCUUCGUUUGUACCGCCGUUCAAGGUGUUCUGAUUAUAGCCCUCGGAUUCAGCGGAUGUCAUCCAUUGGUCGCGGUCAUCUUCAUGAUGAGCGGCACAGCGGUUAACGGUGCUAUCUCCGCCGCCACUUUGGCAAGUUUUGUCGACCUCAGUCCGAAUUAUGCUAGUGUCCUCCUCGGAUUCGGCAAUAUGAUUAUUAUAUGGGGCGGCUUUAUCUCACCAAUGAUCGUUGGCGUACUGACGAAUAAUAACCAAACUGUGGAGCAGUGGCGUUUAGUCUUCUUCAUUGCUGCUGCUAAUUCGAUAGUGGGCGGUAUCAUAUAUAUAGUUUUGGGCACUUCAAAGAAGCAGCCAUGGAAUCAAUACACCGAAUUAAAUUUGAAGGAACAAGAAAUGCAAAAACUUGCCUCGGAAAACGUAAAAUGUGAUAACGGCGCCGAGAAUGUAACUGAAAAAUCAAACUUUAUUAAGCAAGAUAAUCGUGUAGUCUUUAAGGAGUCUCACAGUGAGGAAUAGUAAUUCUAAAAUGUAAAUAUUGCACAACAAAAUAUGAUAGUUCAAUGAGUAGAUUUGCUCUAAGGAUAUACAUAUAUUAAUAAAGAGCGUGUUAACGAUUGAUCAUAUAUUUGAUAAUAAUAUUAAUAAUACACUCACAUAAAUUAUCUUUGGAACAUUUUGUCACGAAGAAAUAAAGGAAUGAAAGAGUGAUGUUAAAUAAAUACUAAACUAUUUGUAACACGCUAAGACAUGUUAUGACUUAGAUGCGUUUUUAUCGCUAAAUACACACUUUACAAAUCAAUUUACACAUAUCUAGCUUUUAAUGCAUCACUCCGUCUCCAUAUGUGCACAAUGUGUAAAUUGCGGUGCACAAGUUUUAGUAACACAAUCGACGGGCAAUGAUUAUUUUCUAUUAUAUGGCCAACACCAGUCCUUUAGUCUUACACGAAAGAAUACCAGAAUUAUCACAGCUUCUCUUUCUGCUGUGAAGCAGAUUAAAUACCAAGCCUAAUCCUACUUUCUGGACAAACGUCGCGUGGCUAUCAUAUAUUAUCAUUCAUGGACCUUACUACGAUUUACGUACUAUCGAUCAUUGCCAUCACCCAUAGAUGAAAGUGCACACACAGUUUUAAUUGUUUAUGUUCAUCUUCCAUAAAUCAUUUUGUGAAGAAAAAAUAUAGUUUUGACAUUUUGCACGUUUAAAUUCAAUAGCGACAUCCUAUGUUAGUAAUCGCUCUGAGAUAGAUUUCCGCAUUUUAUAUAAUUAUGAUAAAUACUGUGAAUUCAAUAAAGUUACUGAUUUCUCUUCAUAUCACUGUAAUCUUAAUGGGCACUUUCCAGUAUCUACCGUAUUAAUAUCUAAGCUCGUAUACCAAGGUCUUAUUUCAAGACCUCGAUAAGAAAUUCUCGCGUUCACCGGAAGACUAAUUUACGUACGGAUAGAUGCGAAGCACACAUUUUCUUCCGGAAGUCAGUAAUUACCCAACAAUCUAUUUUUAAUGAUAUUUUUAAUGUAAUUUGAAUGAUAAGAAAUAAGUGGAUAAUAGUUGGAUAUAUACUUAAGCAUAAUAAGAUAAAAUGCAUAUUUUGGAAACAUCUAUGAAAAUUAAUAAAAUAUAUAUUUUUCGAUAUAUUCAUUAGAAUAGCAAAGUUUUAUAAUCUUUAUUCUCUAAAAACAAAAGAAAAAAAGGAAGACGAAAGAAAAAUGCUACGACAUCGACGGAAUAUAAUAUAUAUGUCGUAUCUUAAAUGUUUUCAGUUCUUUCUGUACUAUAUUUUGAAUAGUACUAGACAUUAAAAAUUGCAUUAAAAACUAAAAUUGUAAUAAUAUAAAUAAUUUGCAAAAUAAGAUAAUAACUUAUGCUAUUCAUUAAGCAGACGCAAUAAAAAGUUUCCUUACGAGAUACAAACUAAAUUAAUAAUACAUAUAUUAAAUUAAUUUUUUUAUAAUCUACCAUAAUCUAAUAAGUAAUAAAUAUAAAUUACAGGUAGAAAACACAGUAAUGCGACUAGUAUUGAAAGCACGUAAUGACACAAAAACAAAUGCGUAAUUGGAAGCUCAAAGCUCCUUCUAAAGCCUCAAUUAAUGUAUCAAAAGAAUCAUCAAUCCAUAACAUGUACUUAGGCCUAAAAUAGGAAUCUAUCGUCAGAUAAGUCAAUCUAAAAACUCGAGAUAUAAAUCUAAGCCCGUGCCCGAUUUAUAUGUUAUAUAUACUAAAUACUUUAUGUAUAUAUAUAUAUAUAAAAAUUCUUUAUGUUUAUGUAGAUUUGUAUGUGUACAUAAGUAUUCUCUGUUUGAUAAAAUUUUAAAUGUGUGCUUCUACGCAACAAGUGGCUUUAAUAAUUUGUGUUAAUUAAGUCCUCCUACCAAUGUUUGUCAAUGGUCUUGCUGCACACAAAAUAAACCAAAUAAUUUUUUGAAACAAACUUUAGACAUGUCAGUGAGAAAUUUCAUCAAAUUUACGUACACGGCACAUGGUUUAUAGACGGAAUAUUAAAGUAUUUUUUAUUAAACAGAAAAAAUAAUCGUAUAUAAGUAAAAGAAAAAAAAAAAA